GUUACGCUAUUGGCUAAAGAUAGUCAAUGGUUACACAUCAUCGGUAUGCAUGACGUACAUAAAUAUAGAUGGCACGUAGUACGUUGUCCCAAGGUGUAUCUAACUAUACUGAUUUUGUCUACCGUAUGUAUAUCGUUAAUAUUAUCCCAUAUUAAUCAUAAACAAGUCAAAGUAGAUCAAAAUUGGAGGUUGUAAAUGAAAGAUUUUAUCAUUUACAAGGGAGUUUGUCAUUUAACCCUGUCGAUUAUUCUUAACGAUUUUUGGUAAAAUAUUAAAUAUUAUCUUUUUGAGAUCCUCUCUGAUCUCAGUCAGAUUUAAAGAUGAAAGAAAAAUGUUUUGUUUAUGUGAAGUCGAACAGUGAAGUCGAACAUUUGUCUGCAGAAUUGACAUGGAUGUGGGUCUGAAGUGUGAUUUCAAGUUCUUUGCUACAAAAUAAUUACGUUUGUCCUGUGCGAAAUUACAAUACAUUCGCAGAGUCGAUAGAGCAAUUCGUUGAUUCGCAUCAACGUACAACAAUAUAUAUGUAUAUGCAUGUGUAUACUCAUGUUUAACGAACGUAUAAUCAAGAAGGCUCGUGGGGGCUCAGUUGUUGGUAAUCGACGCUGGUUUCGAUUAAUUCAGGCUCCAAUGUAUAUAUUGAAUGAAACAACUAUAUCGCGAAAAGGGUUAGGAUGCAACAGGAUCGCUCAAUAGAUUUUUCACUUUGGACGACAAGAUUCAAGGAUAGAGGUGAUUUUAACAAAACGCUCAAGAUGUUUGCACCGAAAACACAAACGUCAAACAGUACGUUUUAUACUGAAUUGGAAUCUGACGAACUAGUGGAUAGAAAAAGUGACCUAAACGAGUUGAAGGAAUGCGUGAGUAAAGAAUCCAAUCAACCCGAAAUGAUAGCACAAGAUCAGAAACAGGAAGAAUAUGAUGGACCUUCUUUCCAUAAAAUCGCUUCUUUCGGAAGUUUUUCACGAUUUCGUUCCUUUGUAAUGUCAGCUGGAAGUUCAGCAGAACGUAUCGUCAUUGAAGAAAGUGAAGAGAAUUCGAUGCAAGUACCAUUCGUGCGGGUGUCACGUGGCAUGUUGGAAUACAGAAAUAGUAGAUAUUUAACCACGGAAAGAAAUUCUCGUCGAUAUGCAGUGGAAUCGUAUGCGAUAAGUGAGUCUGAGAGCGAGGAAGAAUCAGAAGAUCCAAAUCCAAGAUCGUUGGAAACAAAUUCUGCAAUAACCGUGGAUCGUACUGACGACUCGGUUUCGAAACUAAAAUCGAUCGAAGGCACGGUAGUUUAUACGGAUUCCAAAAGAAAAACUGCACGUCGCGUUGCCGAAGAAUUGUUAGCUACUGAAAAGAAUUAUGUUAGUAUUUUACGAUUGAUCGAUCAAGUGUUCCAGUUCAAAAUCGAUCAAGAGAAUAGAGCGCAUCCUAUGUUUCCCCCAGAAACUGUUCAGCAUAUGUUCUCUAAUAUUAAAUCGAUUUACAAGUUUCACAACGAUUUUCUACUACCCCAACUUCAAGAGAGGAUGCAAAAUUGGGAAUCGGAUCCUAGAAUAGGGGAUAUAAUGAAGAAUUUUGCACCUUUUCUUAAAAUGUACACAGAAUAUGUAAAAAACUUUGAUUAUGCCAUGAACUUGAUACAGACUCUUCAAACUAAAGUCGCCAGAUUUGCUGCGAUCAUCGACGAGAUUCAAAAAUUGGACGAGUGUGCCAAGUUAUCGUUGCCUCAUCAUAUGUUAAGUCCUAUACAAAGAUUACCGAGAUACGAGCUUCUUCUGAAAGAUUACUUGAGAAACCUCACAGAAGAAAGUGCUGAUUACAGGGAUACUAAAAACACGGCUUUCUUUCUCGUAGAGGCGUUGGAAUUAGUAUCUACUGCUGCUAAUCACACAAAUGAUGCAAUGAAGAAGAUUGACAAGUUCAAAAAGCUUCUUGAAAUACAAGAGAGUAUAUACGACACGACAGAUCUAGUUAGUGCAACACGGGAGCUUGUAAAAGAGGGUCGUAUCGUUAAAAUUUCAGCAAGAAGCGGUGAUCAUCAGGAAAGACAUUUGUUUCUGUUUACCGAUUUAUUAUUACUUUGUUCGAUAAGAUUGAUACCGGGGCCAUUGUAUCGAUUAAGAGCUAAAUUCUUAAUCGAAAAUUUACAAGUGAUCGAAGGUGAUAAUCUGGAAACAGCAAACACAUUUUACAUAAGAGACGAAGAUAAAAGCGUUGAAUUAUACACGCAUGCGGCUGAAGAAAAGGCAGCUUGGCUCGAAGCGCUGUUCGACACUAUGCAAGAAAUGAUGAAAAGAAAAGCGAGCCUAAAAACUGGUGAUGUUAAAACUCUUGUUGUAAAGACUGACGACGUAUCUAGAUGCAUGAUAUGCGAGGUCAUAUUUUCUGUAAUGAAACGAAAACACAAUUGCAGAGCUUGCGGAAUAGUUAUUUGCAGCAAGUGUUCAAAUCAAAAGUUGUUAUUUGAAGAUAACAAAAACAUGAGAGUCUGCCGCCUUUGUUAUGCCGCGUUAACGCAACCGCUUGUUAAGUCACCCUCUUCGACGUCCACAUCCGGGCCGGUACCGAGUCUAUUACAAGUUUCAGCAAGCGCUUCGUCCGUUAUAUCUGGAUAUCUUAUGUUAAAAACACAACCAAGUAAACCUUGGACACGACGAUGGUUUGCGUUACAUGCAGAUUUUGUUUUGUACACGUUUAAAUCUGAAUCUGAAAAUAUGGCUCUGACGGCAACUCCCAUGCCUGGUUUUAUCGUUACGGAGGGUACUAAAUUAUCCGACGAGGAUCCUUUGAGUUUCAAGGAUAGGCCUAAAGCUCUUAAAAUGCAUCAUUCUAGAAAAAGUUACUAUUUACAAGCGUUAUCGAAUGAAGAUAAACAGAAGUGGUUCCAUUCUUUGCAGUUAGCUACUAAAGCAGAAUUACCUUCAUUUGCAACAAAAGAAAAUGAAGACGCACAAAAGGAUCAAUUGAUUGUCCAUACGCGAUAAACAAUUUGUCGAUCUUAUUCAAAUUUAUGAUAUCCAAGUUAACCUCUUACUGCCGUUACCAUGUAAGAUCGUGAGAUAGAAAAGUAAUCGUUAGUUAGAUAAUUAUUACACGAAAAUGGCGUUAACUUGUGUUAUAUAGUAUAAAGAUAUAUGCAUAAACAUAUUGUUGUUGGUGUAUUAUGUGAUCGACUUAACGAUGAUCACAUUACGAAAACGCUUGUUGUAUUUUGUACCAUUUUGUUAUAUAUUUAAAAAUAUAUAUGUAUAUAUUUACA